GUGGCAACCCUGGUUUCCCCUUCCAUCCUCCAGAGCUAGAUCGCUUUAGUUUUUGUUUCAAAUCGAACGAAAUUAUGUACUAAAUUAAAUUAAUAUUUUUACAAUGGUUGUUUAGAACGUUAAAUAAUUACCUAAUAUUAAACAUCGGGUGGUGAUUCUAUUUAUUCGGCAUGAUUUUAUUUAGACAUGUCCGAAAUAAAGCAUAAACAUCAAAUAUUGGCAGCAAUAGAUCAUUUACGUGCUCGUAAGUCGAGACCGGAUAUUAACAGAAUUUGUAAGUUUAUGAUAAAGUGCUACAAAGUUUCUCCAAAGGACACAAAAGCAGAUCUCAAACGUUGCCUUAAAGAAAAAAGUAUAUUUAAAGUUGAUUACAAAGAUAAUGUAAGCUACAGGAACGCUGCAAAGUGGCGAAAAAAAAGUAAUCUCAAUAGCAGCAAAAUGGCGUCAACUAUUGCAACUAGUGAAAGGAGGAUAAUAACUUCAGCAAUUGCAACAUUAAUUUAUCAAGAUCAGAGUUACUUAGAAAAUGGUAUAGCAUUUGAAGAUCUUAUUAAAACUGCUGUAUCCCAAGAUUCUAAAUUCACAAAGAAACAACUGGAAGCCAUGGUUAAUAAAGAACUUGCAUCUGGAAGUCUUGUGAAACUCCCAAAUGGAAAUUUGGCACUUGGUCCUGCAGAUCAUGAUGGGGAUAGUUCAGAUAGUUUUAAAUUUGAAUACAAUGUAGAUUACAAUACAAAGAUGACGUCAUCUGCGAAUUCAUCAUGUAGAUCAUCACCUCAGCGAAUGAGGGGUAGACCUAAAAAAAGAGGUGGAAUAUCAUCUGGACCUAUUAAUAAUAAUACACGAAAUGCUGCAGUCAGAGUUGGUGAAAGACGUAAAAUGGCAAAGAAAGUAUUUGAUCCAUCCGAUAAUAAUGUACCAAGUAAAAGGAAAAGAGGAAGACCUGUUGGUUCACUUAACAAAAACACUAUCAAAAAAAGGUUACUUGGUGGAAAUCAAAAACCUGACAAAGAAGGAACACCCAUAUCAGAAGGCCAGCUGACACCUGAUGUUAGUGGUGAUGAUAUUGAACAAGAAGAACCAAUACCACUUGAGACCUCAGGAGGUGUAUGUUCAGUAUGUCUUGUGCAAAAGCCACGAGGCUCCAAUGACAGACUGGUAGAAUGUAGAGAUUGCAACAAUAAAGCUCAUUUGAGUUGUCUUCAGUCUGGAUCGGGAAUCCUUAAGCCUCGUCCUGAUAACACCUGGCAGUGCCCACACUGUAAAACUUGUGUGAUAUGUUGUGAAACAAAUGAUGCAGGUAUUUUAACAGUGUGCAGUAUCUGCUCUGAUGCAUAUCAUUCACUUUGCCACAGUCCUCGCAUACCAGAACGUUUGAAAGCUUGGGAUCAAUGGGAAUGCAACAACUGUUUGGAGUCACGCCCUACAGUUGUUGGAUCCCCUGCUAUAAUUCCCAGCACCAUAGAGUUUGAAAAACAGUACUCUCCACCUGAAGACCCAUUUUUAAAACCACACGAACUUGAUAUGGCUCCUUCAAAGCUAAAACAAGAAGUACCUAUUGACCCUACUAUACCAGAUAUUACACACUGGACAACUGAUGACGUCCAUGAGUACUUUAUGGAACAUUUUCCUGAAGCUGCACCAAUAUUAAAGGAACAGGAAUUUGAUGGACAAGCAUUGAGCAUGGCUAGGAGAGCAGACAUAGUGCAAGGUUUAGGGUUACCCUUAGGUCCAGCAUUAUCUUUAUAUCGCAUUGUGGUAAAACUUCAGACAAGAAAAGAUGAUUGGACAAUGUGUUGGGGCUAACCCAUAUAAAGGAUUUUUAAAUAUAUUAAUUACAUAAUUUAGCAUGAUUUUUAUUGCCCAAUUAAUACAUUUUAAUUACAACCAAUGCUAAUAAGACAUUUUGUUUCAAAGAUAACUAAAAUACAUUUUAAACACCUACUAUCUUGUAAUGGUUCUAGAAAACACA